AUGGCGCUGAAGGCGAAGAAGGAAGUGGUUGUUCCCCCCAAGACAGAAGCCAAGUCCAAGGCCCUAAAGGCCAAGAAGACAGUACUGAAGGGUGUCCAUAGCCACAAAAAGAAGAAGAUCCAAACAUCCCCCACCUUCCAGCGACCCAAGACUCUAAGACUUCAAAGGCACCCCAAGUACCCUCAAAAAAGUUCCCUGAGGAGAAACAAGCUUGAUCACUAUGCCAUCAUUAAGUUUCCCUUGACCACUGAGUCUGAUAUGAAGAAGAUAGAGGACAACAAUACCCUUGUCUUCAUUGUGGAUGUCAAGGUCAGCAAGCAUCAGAUCAAGCAAGCUUUAUGGCAUCAGUCCCUUCUAAAGGGACCAUAUUCCUUUUUCACAGAACCAAAUGAUUCCCAUACAUUUAAGCAUUCCAACAGAAGGUUAAAGGAUAAAUGA